AUGACGAGACCCUCCCACUCCCCCCAGGACACUCUGUCCGUGCAGAAGACGCCCUACGGCCAUCCCUACGACAUAUAUGACACAGCCCGGCCCUGUGUGAUCGACGAGGAGGACGAGUCCCACGCCUACGACACUGACGACGCCGCGCCCUCGGUGAACAUCCCGCGGUUUAGCAGUAAGGAUGCCGCAGACCGCGCGAGAAAGCGCUCCUCCCUCCCCCCGGCCCUCAGCAGCGCGACGACGUCGAUUUACCGCACCGCCAAUUCCAUAAUCUCGCAGCGCACUACCGUCAGCAAGCUGCCGGCUGGCAUGACAGUCCGCACGCAGUUCGAGAGCGCUCCCGCCUUUGAGAAAGCGCCAUGGGAAAUGCCCGAGCGCCCGCUCUCAAUGUUCUCCAUCCCCUCUGGCGGCCUUCGUUUCCAUUCGAAGACCAAGAGCGUCAUGCAGCCGCGCAUCUUCCAGAUCCUGCCGCGCGAGGUGUACGCAUGUAUUCUGCAACAGUUGGAAGUGCUUCACUUCGGCAACGACGCCCAGAGCUGCACCACCUGCUACUUGCGGGACCUGUACAACCUUGCGCUGACGAGUCGGGCCUGGGACAAGGCCGCACGGAACAAGCUCUAUUCCAAACUGUGGCUGCCGCCAGCCGACGUCUCGGACCCCCGGCAGUCCAAAUCGAAGGCCCCUAGCCGCUUGAAACUGCUUCGGAAAACACUUCGAGAGAGGAGCGCUGUGGCGAAGCUGGUAGUCGAGAUCAAGGCAGCCGAAAUGCAGCAGGUCAUGCUGCGGGCGAACUACAACGAAGGGCAAGCAAUCAUCAAUGAUUUGGCAUCAAUAGUCAUGGCCUGCCCGAACCUAGAGAAGCUCGCCGGCUUCUACAGAAUCUACAACCACGAAUUCGACCGCCUCAACCACGCCUUGUCAACGAGACCAAACCUUAAAGAGCGGGCGUGGAUAAUAGGGAAGCCAAUUAACCACGGCGCAGGCCAUCUGACGCAGCAGCAAGCCUUCGAGCUCUACCCGGGCCCGACGGAGCUGUUCCUGCACCACCAAGACAUCGCCACCAACUUAGAAACCCUCUUUCUCCACGGCCAGGACUCAGGGGCCAUGGACUUCCGCGCCUUCGUCGCUACCUUCCGCAAGCUGCCGCGCCUCCGUCGCCUCCACAUCUCCAACUUCUCCGCCUCUGACUUCAACGACCGCACCCUUGCCGCCCUGCCCCCGACCCUGACCUCGCUCCGCCUCGAGGCCCUCGACGGUGUCACCGACAAGGGGCUCCUCCGAUUCGCCCAGUCGCCCGUGGCGGCGGGCCUGACGUCGCUCGCACUCGUGCACCAGGAGAUCGUUGACCUACUCAUCGUAAUCGCCUUUCUCAGGUCGUGCACGCGCCUGGAAAGCUUCGCCAUUGUGCAGGAUGGAUCCCCGGGUGUCAACAGCAACGUGCCGCUGUUCCGGCCCGUGUUCGCGUCAAACUCGUUACGGAAUCUGCACUGGGACAUCCUAAUGCCGGCGCCGGCCACGGACGAGCUGGCCAUCAGCGUCGCGGGUGGCGCUUUCCCGUUGCUCGAGCGCCUACGCGCGCCUUGCGACUACGACGGCGUGCUGCAGGACCUGUGUCGUCCGCGCGGCUGCGUAACCUUGCCGGACGACGAGUAUUACUUCUACGUCAAGAACAGCGGCAAGAGGAGCGACAGGAACAACGACAUGCGCGACUCGAUGAGUCCGCACGACGGCGGCCCGGUCGGCGGCAGGCCACCCUCGUCCGCGUCCUCGUCUUCGCCGAUUGAGUACACUCGAAACUUGGCCAAGGCACGACGCAGGUCACAGGCGCGGAUCGAUGCGCGCGUCGAGUGCUACUCGCCACGAACCGACCGGAUGCGCGGCUUCUCCGGGUCCUGGCGGUCCUGCUCGUCGUCAACCUAUUCCUCGUCGACGCACAGCGCCAACAGCAACGGAAUCCAAAUCGUCGUCGAGAACGAGGACAACGUCGUGACGGACCGCUUUUCGUUCGACUACGUUGGUACCAUCGGCAGCACCAUUGACUACGUGCUCGAGCCUGAUGUCGACGACAGCUUGGACGCAGUCAUUGGCGUGGGCGAUUUGAUGCUGGGCGCGCCCGUGAGAGGUCUGGGCGGGGGUGUGGGCUUCAAGGCGAAGGACUUGUGCGCCGGGAGCUCCGUCUCUGGCAGGUGGCACAGGUCGAGAGCGAGGGUCAGGUUGAUUGAGAUUGGAGACUUCUUUUGA